AUGUUCGACUACCAAGAUGGGUCGGUGAAUGACAGUGAAAGCUAUUUGAACGACACUUUUUACUCGUCAAAUUCAAUCGACAACUACGAACAUGCUCGAAACUUCCGCAAUUCUGUGAUCCUGCCGGAUAUGUCCAGGGACGCCAGUUAUGAGUCGGGCCUGAGACUCCAUACAACCAAUUUGCAUGAGUUUGAGGAGCCUCAAGAUCCAAGCUCUUAUCGAAAUGACUCAGACAUCGAUGAAACAGAGACCAAAACUUUGAAGGUUACAGCGUCACCUUCCUUAAGCGCGUUGUCCGGAAUACUGAGUGAAAAGGCAAAAAGAGUGGAACAACGCAUGAGCUCUAAUAUAGUGUUGGAACAGUCCAUAGAAGAGGAAGAACUACCUAGCAAUCCUAUUGAACCUGUGGUACGGGAUUCCCCCAAUCUCAUAGACAUGGGCGGCUCUAACGACAACAAUUUUUCAAGCUACAAAUAUGCCCCCCAGGUCGCUGCCCAUCAUGCAAAGAUACCUGAACAGCCUGACUUCUUAACCACACCCAAAUUAGACCCUCCAACUCCUCGCGUGGAACCGGCGGAUUCUGACUUUCCUCAAAAUGUGUGCGAAAUCCAACCACAUCCCGCUGCUGCACCUAAGCAAGAUGAAGCACAUCUUAAAAAUGAUUAUGUGGAAGAAAAACAUGCUGAGAAUCCCAUACGCAACACAUCGGGAAAUACUGCUGCACCCUCGCCCUCGCCCUCUACUUCGGCUGACUUAGCUGGACCCCCACGCCCUACUCCGAAGAAGCAGGCUUCUUCCAUAAGAUCUUUUUCAGGCAUGUCUAUGGGAUCACGAAGCUCGGUAGAAAACUCCAUAGAGGACUCUAAUGGUAGCAAGAAGCGCAAAAACAUCUUUUCGUUUUUGAAAAGAAAGCCUCAGAAGUCUGCUUCGUUCGUUGUUUUAGACUCUAAGUCUAACUCUAAUCUUCCGACAUCUUCGACCUUUUCUGUUCCCAAAACUAACGAUCAUGCCGAUUUACCAGCGUCGAACAAGUUGGCAAAGAAAUCACACAGUAACGGGAGUAUAUUUAAUUCGUUCAGAAAGAACAAAACUGCAAAGAAAGAAGCAGUCGACCGGAAUCUUAGAAUCCCCAAACAACGCAGUCGCACUGACUCAGCAGUGUCCACAAAUCACACUGGCGGCUCGCCUGUAAAGCGAGACGUUCGAUUGCGGAAACCUACUCCUCUCGACUUUGAACAAAAAUUAGCUGCACCACCGCAGCUGCAAAAGGCGCCAAAAAAUACUUCAAGUCCCGAACAAAAAUCUCAGGCUGUUCCGAACUUGGAACAUAUUAGCACAGAGCCUGAAAUCAUGGAUAAAAAGCUAAAUCAGGCGCCGACUAAUCUGAUAGUGAAAACUCCACCAUCACCUGAGCCACAUUCUCCUUCAAUAGACGUCAGUGAUACCGGAAGGACUGAUUUCGGGGAAGUUCUGUUUCCAAAGUCUCUGAGCGCCCAAGAGGUCGAGUCCAUUGUGUCCUUGGAAAGAUCGCGAUCAGUUAAAUCUAAUAAACGCAAUUCCUUGAGCUCGCAUAGAAGGUCUUUUACCGAUAACAUGUCAAACAAGGCACACAACGGUGGAAUGUUUAUUACCGAGCCAGCGGCGGUUAAACUUUCUACUCCGGACUUGAGUAAGUCGCCAACUAGUAGCAUUUUGAGAAAUGGCACCUUUGACAGCCUGGAAUUUUCACCACAAAAAAGCUCGUCGAGAAGUCAAAAAGGCUUGGGAAAUUCAGGCGGCGCUUUCCAACCUGAGGAGAGGGACUUUUCUUUCACAUCUAUAGAGCAGAAGCUCAAUGAUCUCACUCUUGAUAGUGAAAGCCAAGAAGAGAAAGAGAAGCUCGAGAAAAGUACGGCAGGACCUCUGGGUGAAAAUUACGAAACUGAUUUUAUGUCCGAUAUUAUGGAGUUCGCCAGUAUCAUCGAUUUUGAUAAAGACCUGGAUCUGAACCUAGAUCUUGAUCAUGCUGAUACUACGUACCGAUCUCUAAACCCGUCUGAAAAAAACCAUUAUACUCAACAAACGGAUGAUGCGUCAUCAGACUCCUUCAACUUCGAGAAAGACACCCAGAAGACCACGCAAGAAAUUCAGUCCGAUCAUGAUAAUCAUCAAAGUAAUCACCCGUAUUCGCAAUACGAGAAUAAUAAAGUAACUAAUAGGGAUGAACACCUAACAAAGAAUUCGGCCUCACCUCUUCGUGAAAAGGAGUCGAGAAGCGAUAAGUCUGUUCGCAAUUACCUUGUUGCUGACGAUGACGAUGACGAUGAUGAUGAUUUUGAGGGUGAAAACUUCAAUCAACUGGAAGAACCCGUCGAAUCUGAAGGGCUCGACUCGCCAACGUGGCAAAGCCCGCUCACUGCCGGCAGACCAUUGUCGUUGUCUUUUAAAGGGUUGCGAGCAAAUCAGCUUAACAGCAAUUCUCAGCCUUCAGUCUUUCAAACUUCACCGACAAACUACACUGGCACAGGAUCCUUUGAUGACUAUGCGGCUGUCAAAACCGUGACAUUUUCGACUAACAUAAUCCUUUACGCAACCUAUACCGAAGAUGAGUAUGACAGACACCCCGAAAUUGCAACUUGUAACCAGCUUACACCGCAGCUAGCUCAAAUGAUAAAAGACGAGCUGAACUCGCUAAAAUCAGAGAUGGAAGUUCACGAGGAUUCAAGAUGUUUUACGCACUUUUACUAA